CACACGGGGUGGACGCUGAGUCACUAACCUGCUCUGAACGAGACCCUACGUUGACGGCUACAGUACUUUGUAUGCGAUGCCAGUCGUACAGUUUGCGCCUUUCUCGUCUCUAGCCGAACCUGCUUUCUGGCAUGCUCUCACGGAACUGAAGGUCAACGUGCUGCGGCUGGACGACGACGCAAUCCCCAUAACGGCAUCGUAUGUCUCGGGCCGUUCGACCACAGACCGCGAGACAGGUGCAGAGAUCGCACUAGGAUGCAACCUGAUGGUCGGCGGGGAUGCGUUCUCCGAGGCGGCUCAGCCGGCUGCACAUGCGGUCAUCGCGCGAGGCAUAUUCAAGAACUUCAACACAAUUGAGGAUUUCAAGGCAGCGGACAAAACGGCGCUCUUCAAUCACGUCACCGACGAGAUGUGGACGAGCAUCGUGGAGGAAGGAACCACGACUCAUUUGACGCGAUUUCUGCUGCUCACAUUUGCCGAUCUGAAGAAGUACAAAUAUUACUACUGGUUCGCGUUCCCUGCAUUCGUCUCGAAACCGGCCUGGGAGAUCGACGGAAAGUGGGCACCCGCUCAGGAAUACUACGAUGAUGACACGCUCUCUACACUUCAAUGGUCCCUUCUUCAGAAGCCGCGCGCGUUCUUUCUCCUUCGCCCUGGUUCGCCUGAGCUCGCGCCUGUCGAGGACUAUGACACCUUUUUCGCUGAUGUUGCCGAGGAUAAGCGUACUGUCGGCUUCCUCGACCCAUCUGCCCUUCCUGACAACCCUGGAUGGCCACUCCGCAACCUUCUCGCCUUCCUCCACACUCGCCACUCCACCGUCAACACCCAUCGUAUUCUGUGCUGGCGCGGCACUCAGAAGAGCCGCAUCGGUAUGCUCUCUUGCGAUGCCGCAGCACCUUCGGAGAAGCCAGCCGCAGUCGGAUGGGAGAAGAAUUCCCAAGGCAAGCUCUCACCAAGGGUAGCGGACCUAGCGCCGAUGAUGGAUCCGACAAGGCUAGCGGACCAGGCCGUUGAUUUGAAUCUGAAGCUCAUGCGAUGGCGGAUAUUACCUGCGCUCGAUCUGGAGAAGGUCGCACAGACGAGGUGCCUCCUGUUGGGUGCCGGUACGCUGGGCUGCUAUGUCGCGAGGACGCUUAUGGGCUGGGGUGUUCGCACAAUUACUUUCGUCGACUCGGCGCGCGUCUCGUUCUCGAACCCUGUACGCCAGCCGCUCUUCGAGUUCGAGGAUUGUUUGAACAGCGGGAAGCCCAAGGCCGCAUGUGCAGCGGAACGGCUCAAGAAGAUAUUCCCGGGUGUCAAUUCAGCAGGGCACAACCUCAACGUCCCGAUGCCGGGACAUCCGAUUCCGCCCGCAUCGACGGAGCAGGCACGGAAGGACAUUGAGACGCUCGAGCAGCUGAUCGACGAGCACGACGCAGUAUUUCUGCUCAUGGACUCGCGCGAGAGCAGAUGGCUUCCCACAGUGCUGGGUGCUGCGAAGGGAAAGAUUGUGAUGAAUGCUGCACUUGGUUUCGAUACGUUUCUUGUGAUGCGACAUGGUGUGCGGAAGACGCUCGCGAAAGGUGAGCGGCUAGGGUGCUACUAUUGCAAUGACAUUGUCGCGCCGGCAGAUUCGCUCACGGACAGGACGCUCGACCAGAUGUGCACGGUGACGCGACCAGGUCUCGCGUCUAUUGCCGCAGCGACUUCUGUCGAGCUGCUCGUGUCGCUCUUGCAGCAUCCCGAUGGGGUCGAUGCGCCCGCUCCACCCCCGCAGACGUCGCAGAAUGGCGGCAACAUAGAUAUGCAAGCGUAUGAGGGUGUGCUCGGGCUCGUCCCACACCAAUUGCGUGGAUUCCUCGCGCAAUUUAGGAACAUGCCCAUCACUGGUGCGGCAUACGACCGAUGUACGGGAUGCAGUGAGACAAUCUUGCAGGCAUACGAGACGCAGGGCUUCGACAUGCUCUUGCGGGCAUUCAAUGAGCAAGGGUACCUGGAGAAACUUACAGGCCUGGAGGAGCUUUAUAAGGAGGGUCAGGCGGCGAUGGACAACGUGGAUUGGGAGGAGGCGGAUGCCGAGGGUGAUGAUGAUUUCUAGGUGGAAGUGCACAAGGACGCUGGCAAGGAAAGGGAGCCCGGAAGGAAUAGUUAUGGAAUCUAUGUAACAUUCAUGCGAUGAUACCCAUCUGUAUGCUUACUAGGAAUUAGAGAGACGUCGAGAUAUAGCACAUACCAUCUAGCACGAAAUGUUCUG